AAUUUGAUGUGUUAUGUCGUUUUGUCUUCAAGGUGCUGCAGGAACCAGUUGUUGGCACAGGUUGGGCGUGUGGACACCUCCCUGGGGGGGAUAAUGCGAAUAUGAGUGGGGCUUACCAAGGCCCUGAAAGGAAUAGCCAUCGGUCCAGCGGCCCUCUGGCCCCGGCCGGCGACCUGUCUGGUCUUUCCAGACCGAGCAACCACAGUUUCGGUCUAACAAUGUCUGCCACCGCCUCCUCCCUCAAACACACUUCUGUCUACGGUUACAUACAAACGGACCACACCACCUCCUCCUCCUCCUCCUCUUCUUCAUACAGCCCUCUCAGGAGGCUGCAGCACCUCACCAAGAUGGUGAGCCAGCCUGACCUCGUCCUGCCAACGAGGGAAGCCGAGAGGGGCUGGGAGUGGGGGCCGAAUAAGAAGGAUAAGGGGAGAAAGGAGAGGGACUCCUGGGCUGAUUAUAGAAAUUAUUCCGUCUCUCAGAUGACGAAAGGAGAGGAAAACACAAAUGACUCUUCUCCCGGGCAAAAGGAAUCAGAGGUCCAAAGUGAAAGUAAAGAUUUGCCUCCUGUGAGUUGUCAUAAAUCUGCUGUUUCGGAGAAAAAUGCGGAUAAUUCUCUGUCAGGCCCACCUAGCCCAGCCUUUUCUCUCGACAGCAACAGCCCCUUUGCCAACGGCCUGCUCCACUUUGAAUCCACUUUGUUCGAGGCGGACAACAACGACGAAGAGCAAGAAGCGGCAGCGGCCAUUGGAGAUUUGCUGGACAAACGGGACAAAUCAGAGACUGUUCCUCAGCCUUCUCCCAGAAAGGUACAUUUGGACUCGAAGGACGCGGACCUGCCGGCACCCAAGGUGGUGACGCGCUCCCAGUCCUCGGGUCAGCGCAGGAGAUACUGGGACGGCUCCGAAGACGAGUGGGACAGCGACUCAGAGCUCUUCCUCUUCGACGACAGCCCUGCAUGGCAUAUGGUGCAGCAGAACAGCCUGAAGAAAAAGUCUUUGCCUCCUGUGAAAUUUGUUGAGGGCGAAGUUGUUUGGGCAAAGUUCAACCGAAGGCCGUGGUGGCCCUGCGAAGUGGUUGUCGACCCGUCUCUGGGGGUCUAUCACAGGAUGAAAGAGCCCUGUGACAGGCAUUGUCGGCUCUACCAUGUCCGGACCUUUGGGGACCCAAAGGAACUUGUAUGGGUGGAGGAAAAAUCAACUCACACGUUCCAUGGAGGCUUUGAAUUUGACCAACUGCUUCUUUUGCGUCGAAGGAGCAAACAAAGAGAGAAGAACAACAAAAAAAACACUAUUGCUAAGCGUUUUCAGCUUUCUUGGAAAUCCGGUGUGGCGGAGGCUGAAUCGGUUGUAUCUGGGCGACCCAAGAUGACUUCCUCCUUGGCUUCAUUCAUAGACCAAGCCUUAUCCUGUAGUCCCCCACCAGCAGAAGAGAAGAAGCCCCAUUCAGACGUUCCUUUGCCCACUUUACCCGUCUCCACUGUUUCUGAACCAUUGCACUUAACAAAUCAAUCCACUUUGUCUACGGUUACAACUCAGACAAAACCAAGCACUUUAAAGAAAGCUUCUAACAAGAAGAAGCAAAGAAAAACCCCUAAGGACAAUGGGAGUAAAAACUCCAGAAAGACGUUGCAUUGUAGUCCUGACCAACCUUAUAGAGAUAACAGAGAGUGCCCAUACUCUGAUCUUGACUCAGUCCCUAAGAUUUUGUGUCCUAAAGCACUUGAACGUCAGCCAAAGCUACUUCCAUCUCAGCCGUCCGUGGCAGUAGUCAAAGAGCUAAAGAAACAACCUGAGAUCCAGACUGGUCUUUGGUUUAGUAAAUCAGGCAAGGACAGGCGACCUAAAACGACCAGUCCAGUACCGGACCGGUCUCUCUUUAGUAAGGGUCCCUGUAAGAAAAAGCACUUAUCCGCGGUUAAUAAGAAGGUGCAAGUUCCUUCUGCCUCAUUGAUUGGCGGGGGUUCCAGUGACCAGGUUGCACCGAUAGACAAGAAGAAGUCAACAGAUAAUGGUCCAGUACUUGAACAGUCAGUACCUGAGAAAUGUAGAACCACUGAGGCCAACCCUGUCGAUAGAAGUGGCAGUCCUGUUGAACAGUCAGAAUCUUUGGACAAACAAAACACCCAGUUGUCAAUUGACAGCGCUUGCUCCAAAGGUCAACAGUCACCCAAGGCCAUCACAACCCCUUCAAGCAGUUCAUCAGACAGCCCAGGGACUAAAGAAGACUUGCAUCCCUCAGAGAAAGUCAGUUUUAAUGACCACUCAGGUUCUUUAGAGAGUGUAAAGUGUGUAAGUCAAACUGAACUCUCCGUCAUCACGGCUACUAAACAGCUUAAUGUAACUGAAACACUUUCUGACCAUGAGAGGGAAACCCAGGAGGCUUUGGUGUCCUGUUUAGAAGUUGAAACAAGUGAUCCAGGCUCCAGCUUAGAAGAGGAAACAAACCUGGUCACCCAAUGCAGACUGCCCUUUGUGAAACUGAUACGAGAGGAGGCAGAAGAUAAGAAUCAUGACAACUCCAGCUCGACAGAUUCUCCCACUGACCAAAGCGAAUGCAAAGAGCAAGAGAAGACAUCGGACACUGAUGUGAAUCAAGGAAACGCUAAUAAAUCAAACUCGAUUGGUAGUGAAGCCAAUGCCUCUAUGGAUCAAACGGCACCCUCAGAGUCCAUUAAGGUGUCGGUCAAGAAGUUAAAAGCUAGAAGUGAGUCUGGCCUACUUCGGCUCUCGUCUGAGUCACCGCCUGGAGAUAAUGACGUGGCUUCCAUGAAAUCUUCUGACGAGUUAAGUAGCCCAGAAGUAGAACGGAUAUUGGUGUCAAAUGUUAGCCCAAAAAGUAUGGCUACCUUAGCGUCCAGUGAAUCAGACAGCUCAGAAUGUAAGAAAACAUCCUCUGACCAGUCAGGCAAUACAGAGGAAAACCUCUCACCGAUUAAAGCUACGGCUUCUCCAUCUAGAAAUUCCCACGUCUCUAAAAGUCUGUCUCUUCCAAAACCCCAAAAAGCUGUUCACAAACUGAAGCAGGUUAAAGAAGUUAAAAAAGUCCUGAAAGAGCAGCCGGCCCAUCUUCCGGCCAGCAAUCGGCUGAUGACUCGAGCACUCAUGGCCUUGCGAGAGGUAGACCAGAAGAAGCGUAAAAAAGCCCAGCAAGAGAUUGAACAAAGUAAGCUGCUGAACCCUGUGGAGAAAGUUGAGGAUCUCACGUGGAAACCAGAACCCAAAGUUGAUAUUUGCACUAAUGUAAAAAAUCUCAAAUCUAAUCACAUUGACAAUGGUGAGUGUGAUCAAGGCACCUUUUCUAGAUGUAGCUCCCCUUUAUUACUGUUCUCUGAUUCAGAUGAUCUUGAGGCUGAUGUCAAAAGUGAAGAGGAAGACCUUUCGGUUUCUUCGACUCCCCCGAUGGACUUCAUACCCCUUACUUCUAAAAUAAAGGCGAAGCAGGAAGAUCAGCCCCCUACAAUACAAUCUUCACCUCCUUCACCGUUCUCCUUCAUGAAAACCUUUAAGAAUGUUAAGGAGGUUUCCUUUCAAUCUUUAUCGAAUGGUAGCGAUGGGAAACCAGUCAGCUUCAAGUCUGACCCAAAAUACCAGUUCAGCACUUUUCUUAUGAUGUUGAAGGACUUGCACGACACCAGAGAGCGAGAUGGCACGCCCCUGGAGUUAAACAUUGGGCCACCCAGUGCACAUGUGAAGGAGGAGCCAUUGGUGAUACCACCCAAGGCUUCGCUGGAAGGACAAGGUCAGAAAACUGAAUGUGUUCCUCGCACAACCGAUUCAAUCCCAGACAAAAGUGUGGUUGCACAAAACGGAUGUGGUACGGGUCAGAAACCCAAGAGGCCCUAUAACAGAAGGAGCAGCGUCCAUUGGCUGAAAAAGAAAACCAAUCGCAGGGUGCCUUUUCCCUCUGCCAGGUCUGGGCCUGGUUUUCCAGGACUUGAGGCAGCAACAGCAAUGGCUCCCUGGCCUGAAGUGGACCUCUCCACAAAAAUGCUGGAUGUACAAAGCGGCAGCAGCUGGAAGAGCCAGGCUGGUGUUGGUGAAUGCCUGGGAGGUCAAGAGGAGGAGCAGGAGGGGAGGUGGAAGAGAUUAAAGGGCAGUCAACAGAUUACUGGGCCUUUCGAAAAGAGGGAAGGUCCUACGCUCACCCCGGAACAGUCGACCAGGCUUACCGGAGACGGCUCGAAGAAUAAGAAAAGCUGGAUUCAUAAACCUGGGGAAGAUGACAAGGCUUCAGCAGAACAAAAACGAGUACGAAAACCCAGCAAGCGACUGCUUGAAUGGACUGAGGAGUACAACCACAUUUUCUCCACAAAGAAGAAAUCCAAAAAGCCUCUCCAGUUGAUGGAUAAGGCCAACGAUUCUGUUACUUCACUUACUGAUCUGCCGGACUUGGACAAGAACCUACCCGACAGCUCGUCUUCCUCCUUACUUCCUGAAAUACUGACGCCGCCCCCCGAAGAACCCGCUCCAACGACACCUUCAGAAGUUCAGAUUCCCAAAGCAGAAAACCCGCCGACACAAGAGAUGCCGGUGCUUUCCGUAGACUCCCUAACUCCUCCUCCUGAAGCUGAACCUUCGCUGACAGCAGGCCUCAUCAAAGACAACAAAGUUGCUCCUGUGCUUGAAAAGAAGCGGAAGAGGAAGCCCACUCAGAAGAUCCUGGAGUACUGUCUGGAGGCCGAGGCAUCUACAGUCCCAAAGAAGAAGCUUCCCACAUCUUAUCACGGAUAUUCCCAAAAUUUUACCAUGACUGGUGUGUUUUCUUUCACCGCCCUGUAA